AUAACAAAGCCCGGUAGAAACGCAAGACGUAACCAUCAGUUCGUUACAAAUGGCAGCUUCAGAACUCUGUAUUCCCUGCACUGCCAUUCCAUGUACCGCAGGUAAAGCAUUAAACAUUGGGGCACCGCUGCAGAUCUCGUUGUCUUGCCUUUCCUCAUCGCCCCCAAUGAUGGCAGAAAAGCCCAGCCCCCAAUUGCUACCACAGCUUUCCACUCUACCAACCUCUCCCCUCUGCACAUACACGUCAUUUUUUUAAAUGGAAAGCUUUAUUAACACACACCCCUCUGCAUAAUAUAAAUGCACAUAGCUUAGAUACAAAAUAUACAAAGACACACGCUUGAAAGAAAAAGUAUUGCCGAACAAGUUGAAAUCUAAUCACCAUCAGUAUGGUUAUUAUACUUAAGCUUGAAUGUGGAGUCUAGUUUAUCAUCCAAAUCGAAUGAAAAACUCACUGCCACUUUAUCGAGAUUCCCCUAACCCCUGCACCACAUUGUUAUAUAGAUAUAUUAUACUCACGUCGCUCUCGGCUCUUAGUGCCUUGCCUUCCUUAACCAAGAAACAUACAGCCAGUGAUCUAUGUGCCUGCCUGCCUUAGUGCGAGUAUAAAAAGCGAAGCUAGCUGCUACUGCUAGUGCCAUAAAGAGAGUGAGUGGCAGCUGAUCGAGCUGUGGUCAGUGGCCGGCGAUGGAGGUGCUGAGGAGAGGAUGCAGUAUGGUGCACUUGCGAGUUGUGGUGGCGGCUGUGCUGAUGAUGGCGACGGGGCUGCGCGCGCAGCUGCGGGUGGGGUUCUACGACAACGCGUGCCCGGCCGCGGAGAUCAUCGCGCAGCAGGAGGUCAGCAAGGCGGUGGCGGCCAAUCCGGGCCUCGCCGCCGGCCUCCUCCGGCUCCACUUCCACGACUGCUUCGUCAGGGGGUGCGACGCGUCGGUGCUGGUCGACUCGACCAAGGGCAACACGGCGGAGAAGGACGCCGGGCCCAACACCAGCCUGCGGGGCUUCGAGGUCAUCGACCGCAUCAAGGCGCGCGCGGAGCAGGCCUGCUCCGGCGUCGUCUCCUGCGCGGACAUACUCGCGUUCGCGGCCAGGGACAGCGUCGCACUGGCCGGCGGGAAUGCGUACCAGGUGCCGGCAGGGCGGCGGGACGGGGCCGUGUCGCGCGCGUCGGACACGAACGGGAACCUGCCUCCGCCGACGGCCAACGUCGCCCAGAUGACGCAGAUCUUCGGCUCCAAGGGCCUGACCCAGAAGGAGAUGGUCAUCCUGUCCGGAGCGCACACCAUUGGGGCCUCGCACUGCAGCUCGUUCAGCAGCCGGCUGUCCAGGUCGAGCACGACGGCUGGGGGGCAGGACCCGACCAUGGACCCGGCGUACGUGGCGCAGCUGGCGCGGCAGUGCCCGCAGGGCGGGGACCCGCUCGUGCCCUUGGACAACGUCUCCCCCAACGCCUUCGACGAGGGGUUCUACAAGGGCGUCAUGGCCAACCGGGGGCUGCUGUCCUCAGACCAGGCGCUGCUCAGCGACAAGAACACGGCCGUGCAGGUGGUGACCUAUGCCAACGACCCGGCUACGUUCCAGAGCGACUUCGCCGCCGCCAUGGUCAGGAUGGGCUCCGUCGGCGUGCUCACCGGCAGCAGCGGCAAGAUCAGGGCCAACUGCAGAGUCGCCUGAUCGAUCAUGCCGUGCAUCCUUGGCACAUCACCAUGCUCGUCGUGGAGUUGUAGAUUGAUUUGGACCGGACGUGAUAGCAUAGCUUGUUUGUGACUUGUAUGUACGCUGUGUACGUGUGCGUGUGUAUGGCUGUGCAAGAGCUUUGUAUUCUUUGGCUGAUUGAUCUGUAUUAUAUCGCCCCUGAGGUGUCUCUUUUGAGGGGAAAAAACUUAACUAGCGGUUAAUAGUGUGCCAAAUGGUGCUUGAUAAAAGGCUAGUUGUUUCGUAAUAAAAGUAGUAACAUUAA